AUCCACACGGAAGAAGAAGACGGAGGCGGAAGUGUAAUAGGAAACAUGGCGGACACUUUCAGGACACACCGACUACAGUCACAGAAACGGAACUAGUGUCCGCACUGACACUGUGGAGUGUUUCUUUUAACAAUGUGGAUGAGGACAGCUGGAGCCUCUGUGAGAGUCCUCCACCACCUCCAGAGCUGCUGUACACACUCCGGCUGGAGGCCGACUGAUGGGGGACCGCGGCGGCUCUGCAGGCUCAUGUCCUCGUCAGGACCCCCAUGGAGGCUCCUGUUCUUUGGCACGGAUCAUUUCGCUGUGGAAUCUCUAAAACUCCUCAAUUCCAGCAGGAGCUCCAGUGGAGGGGUAGUGGAGUCCCUCGAAGUCGUUACUUUGUCUGGUGACGUCCCGGUAAAGAGGUUUGCUCAACAGAACCGCCUUCCACUCCACAGCUGGCCCCCUGACAAGGUGGACGGACAGUUUGAUGUUGGCGUGGUGGUGUCUUUUGGCUGUUUACUCCCUGAGAAGCUGAUCAAUAAGUUUCCACACGGGAUUUUGAAUGUUCACCCCAGCUUGCUGCCGAGGUGGCGAGGUUCAGCACCCAUCGUCCACACCAUCCUGCAUGGUGACACUGUGACAGGGGUCACCAUCAUCCAGAUCCGCCCUCACAGGUUUGAUGUGGGCCCCAUUGUCAACCAGGAGCUCCAUCCGGUCCCCGAGAAAUGUACUGUUGAAGAGCUCGGAGCUGCCCUAGCCUCUAAGGGAGCACAUCUGCUGAUCGAUACGUUGAUGACGCUGUCUGAGAGAAUGGCACAUAAAAGGGAGCAAGGACAGACGGGUGUUACAUUCGCCCCGAAAAUCAACACUUCCAUGAGCUUUGUGGUGUGGGAGGAACAGACAUGUGACCAAAUCGAUCGCCUGUAUCGUUCUAUCGGAUUCCGGAUACCUUUGAGGACCAUAUGGAUGGGCAAGACAGUACAACUUCUGGAUUUUGUAGGAAAAUGUCACAUUUCAUUAGCAGAUCACAGGACGCAACCAGUCCCUGGCUCAGUGAGCUAUCAGAAGGAGUCCAAUACUCUGGCUGUCCGCUGUAAGGAUGGCUGGGUGGGAUUCAAGGCAGUGCUCCUGAGAAGGAGGCUGACAGCACUGGACUUCCAUAACGGCUACCUGCAUCACACAGGUGAAAGUCGGUUUGUCAGUAGUAAAACAGAAACUGAAACACAUCAGAUGAAAGAGAACUCAAUGUCGUGAUGCAACAACAACAGUUUUCUUCCUUGAUGUGAACACUGCAAACAUGACAUUACCUAAUGGAAUUUAUUGUAGUUAAUUUAUUGCUCUUGUCUGUUUUAAGACAUCUGUAUGUAUAGUACAUUUACUGUAUUACUGUAUUUGUACUGUAUACUCUUAAUAAAUGAAUGUGCUGGUGACUGAUGGAUACCAGGAACAAUCAGAAAA